AUGCUGGGCAUCGGCCGAGGGUCUCGAGAAGGCGUUAUUUCCCUCGAAGCGUCGAUCAAGAACUGCGGUCGGACAAAACAAUGGAGCGUAGCACUGCGGUUGCUCCGCGAAGGACUUCGUUUAGGUGUGCAACUUGUCCCAGGCCACUACAUUGCGAUUGCCAGCGCAUGCAGAAAAGGCGGGCAAUGGCAACACGCGCUUUCAGUGCUCAGUGACAUGUGGGAGGCGAAGCUGGAGCCCGACGUCAUCAGCUACAGCGCUGGGAUCAGCGCGUGCGAGAAGGGCGAGCAGUGGCAGCUGGCGCUUGCGCUGCUGAGCGAGAUGUGGGAGGAGAAGCUGGAGCCCAACGUCAUCAGCUACAGCGCUGGGAUCAGCGCGUGCGCGAAGGGCGAGCAGUGGCAGCCGGCGCUUGCGCUGCUGAGCGAGAUGUGGGAGGCGAAGCUGGAGCCCGACGUCAUCAGCUACAACGCUGGGAUCAGCGCGUGCGAGAAGGGCGAGCAGUGGCAGCGGGCGCUUGCGCUGCUGAGCGAGAUCGCUUGCGCUGCUGAGCGAGAUGUGGGAGGCGAAGCUGGAGCCCGACGUCAUCAGCUACAGCGCUGGGAUCAGCGCGUGCGAGAAGGGCGAGCAGUGGCAGCGGGCGCUUGCGCUGCUGAGCGAGAUGUGGGAGGCGAAGCUGGAGCCCAACGUCAUCAGCUACAGCGCUGGGAUCAGCGCGUGCGCGAAGGGCGAGCAGUGGCAGCGGCGCUUGCGCUGCUGAGCGAGAUGUGGGAGGCGAAGCUGGAGCCCAACGUCAUCAGCUACAGCGCUGGGAUCAGCGCGUGCGAGAAGGGCGAGCAGUGGCAGCGGGCGCUUGCGCUGCUGAGCGAGAUGUGGGAGGCGAAGCUGGAGCCCAACGUCAUCAGCUACAGCGCUGGGAUCAGCGCGUGCGAGAAGGGCCGCGUGCGAGAAGGGCGAGCAGUGGCAGCGGGCGCUUGCGCUGCUGAGCGAGAUGUGGGAGGCGAAGCUGGAGCCCAACGUCAUCACUACAGCGCUGGGAUCAGCGCGUGCGAGAAGGGCGAGCAGUGGCAGCGGGCGCUUGCGCUGCUGAGCGAGAUGUGGGAGGCGAAGCUGGAGCCCAACGUCAUCAGCUACAGCGCUGGGAUCAGCGCGUGCGCGAAGGGCGAGCAGUGGCAGCGGGCGCUUGCGCUGCUGAGCGAGAUGUGGGAGGCGAAGCUGGAGCCCAACGUCAUCAGCUACAGCGCUGGGAUCAGCGCGUGCGAGAAGGGCGAGCAGUGGCAGCGGGCGCUUGCGCUGCUGAGCGAGAUGUGGGAGGCGAAGCUGGAGCCCAACGUCAUCAGCUACAGCGCUGGGAUCAGCGCGUGCGCGAAGGGCGAGCAGUGGCAGCGGGCGCUUGCGCUGCUGAGCGAGAUGUGGGAGGCGAAGCUGGAGCCCGACGUCAUCAGCUACAGCGCUGGGAUCAGCGCGUGCGCGAAGGGCGAGCAGUGGCAGCGGGCGCUUGCGCUGCUGAGCGAGUUGCGGGAGGCGAAGCUGGAGUCCAACGCAGCCAGCUACAGCCCUGCGAUCGUCGCUCUGCUCCGCAGACGCGAUGCGACAGGCUAG